UUGACUGCUGCGCAGAUUUUCUGCGCAUCUAGCAACCUUCCGCCAUUUUUGUUUCGCAAACACUCGGUUAGAAGUUGGUGUCCAGAUUGAAUUCUGCAAUUUUCAGACAAUUUUGGAACGUUUGAGGAACUACCAACACCAUGACUUCGUAUAGGGCAGCCGAUUCCAAGCGUGAGGAGUUCAGGAAGUACCUUGAGAAGGCUGGAGUCUUGGAUGCCCUCACCAAAGUGCUUGUUGGUCUGUAUGAGGAACCAGACAAGCCAAACAAUGCCUUGGAUUUCCUGAGACAGCACCUGGGUGCCAGCAGCCCGGAGACAGCCGACGUGGAGGGCCUGAGACUGGAGCUGUCCGAGGCCAGGCAGAAGGUGGAGCAGCUGUCAGAGGAGAACGCUGAACUCAAGGCCAAGCUUGCUCAGUACGAGCCCCCAGCAGAGGACCAUGCAACAGAAUCCUGAUCACCUCGUUGCCAUGACAACACCUCCAGCACAUGAGCUGCCUUCAGUCCCUUACAUUUCACCAUUAGAGUGACAGGUGUCAAUCACAUCCAUCACUCAAAAGCAACUCUUUAUGUUCAUCUUUUCUUGUUGAAAAAUGGCCAGAUUCAUUCUGGUAGUUUUUUGUGCUCUGUAAAGAAGCAAUGGUUGAUAGUAUGUUAACCUUUGUACAUGUAUCUCAGAUAUGUAGGGAGAAACAAAGUAGGUGUUGUCAGUGGUUCUGUUAUAUGGUUGUUAAGAGCAAUGAUUGAAGUACGUAGCAGGAGAGUUAGAGAAGGGUCCGUACAAAUGCGAGAAUUCUAGUACUUAUUUGGUAACAACUGGUCCACAACAACAUUCCAGAAUGUUCUGUUCUAGUUUAUCACAUAUUGCUGAUGUAUAUGCAGUGAUUUAAGCACUUUGCUUCCCAAAUCUUACUUUCCUGAAUUCUACACAGGAACUGUAAAACCUUUUUUUCAAUCAACAGAAUUCUGUUACUGAGAUUUACACUUAGCACAUGUUGAUUUUGGGGUGAUCAUGAGUGUAAGUUGUAUAUAUCACUGCUCAUAGAAAUUAUUUUGGAUUUAAAGUUCCAAUUUUUUAAUUUAGCUUUUAAGAUAUGGUUCUAUGAUAGAGAAUUCUCGUAAGAUGUUUGGAAGAACUUGAGAUAUACUGGUGGUGAUUAUACAUUGUAUUGUUGGAAGAAUUGGAAGUUGCCUUCAAGUUCUUUUCAAUAAAAGAAUAUUCUACAUUCUUGACUCCA